AUGGGAUGCACAUGUAGCAGUAAACGAGAGCAAUCUCCUUAGAAGACAAUCAAAUCAACUCAAUCUACUUCAAAUCAGCUACAUCUUCUCAUAGAAACCAAAAUGUUUAAAAUCUAUAGACCUCAUCAAAAAUUAUAAAAUGUAAGUAAUUUCUUAAGAAUUUAGAUCUCUAACAGUUCAAUAUUAACAAGAAGGAGAAUAAAAAUGGAAAUCAAAGAUCUCGAAUACUAAGAAACUAAAUGA